GAAGCAUUCAGGUUGACAGGUUUUGGAGCAUUUGAGAACAUUCGAAAAGUGUUAGAACGCUGCAAGUGAUCAGAACGUCGAGAAACUGAGUGAGGUUGAGAGAAGGGCCUUUGUCUUGUUUGAGAAGGAUUUUGGAAGUGGAGAGUCAAGUUCCGAUUAUUUUCCUACAUUUAAACACCUAAGGCUAAAAUAUCCAAGAAUACAUCAUUUCUUUGUAUUAUGUAAAGUUCAUUCAUUCUUCAAGAAGUAGAUUGUUACCUUAUUUAAUAUCAUCAUGGCAAGCGAAAUUGUGAUCUCGGGAAUUUCUGGACGAUUUCCAGAAUCUGACAGCAUUGCUGAAUUUAGUCAGAACCUCUUCAAUAAAGUAGACCUUCUCACUGAAGAUAACAGACGAUGGGAACCAGGACUCUAUGGUUUACCUAGAAAAAUGGGUAUGUUGAAAGACAUCAGCAAAUUUGAUAGCCAGUUUUUUGGUGUGCACCACAAGCAAGCUCACAUGUUAGAUCCUCAAGCAAGAAUCCUUUUAGAAUUGACUUAUGAAUCCAUUGUUGAUGCUGGAUAUGAUCCAGAAGAACUUCGGGGAAGAAAUAUUGGUGUUUUUAUUGGAAAUUGUUCUUCUGAAAGUGAUGAAUUCUUUUGCUAUGAUCCUAAGAAAAUUACAGGGUAUGCCAUGACAGGUUGCUGUAGGGCUAUGUUUGCUAAUCGUAUUUCAUACACAUUUGAUUUCAAAGGGCCCAGUUUUUUGAUGGACACAGCCUGCUCUUCAGGUGCUUUAGCAUUGUAUGAAGCUGUGCGGGCUAUUCAAAACAAUGAAUGUGAAGCAGCCAUUGUUGGGGCAGCUAACUUAUGCCUGAGACCUGGUACAGCUCUACAGUUUUAUAGAUUAAACAUGCUGUCUGAUGAUGGAGUUUGUAAAUCUUUUGAUGCUGCUGGCAAUGGAUAUGGUCGAAGUGAAGCUAUAGUAGCAUUAUUCCUACAAAAAUCUGAUGUUAUUAGAAGAAAGUAUGCCUCUAUUGUACACAUUAAGACUAACACUGAUGGAUUCAAAGAACAAGGUGUUACAUUCCCAUCAGCUGCAAUGCAAAAACGACUGAUCAAAGAAGUUUAUGAUGAAUGUAAAUUGAAUCCAUUGAAGGUGUCUUAUGUGGAAGCUCAUGGAACAGGGACUCCAGCUGGAGACCCAAUAGAAAUGUCUGCUAUUUCAGAAAUCUUUUGCCCAGGUAGAGAAGAACCUCUUCUGGUUGGAUCGGUCAAAAGCAAUAUGGGGCACUCUGAACCUACUUCAGGACUUUGCAGUGUAGCAAAAGUCAUCAUUGGUAUGGAGAAAAGUCUCAUCCCACCAAAUCUCCACUUUUACAAGCCAAAUCCUAAUAUCAAAGCUUUAGUUGAUGGUCAAGUGAGAAUUGUUACUAAUCCAACUCCGUGGGAAGGUGAUUAUGCAGCUAUGAGUUGUUUUGGCUUUGGUGGUGUAAAUGUACAUGCUGUUUUGAAAUCAAAUAACACUGAAAGAAAACCAAAACAAAUUGAAGAAUUGCCUAUCCCUCAAUUGGCUUUAUAUAGCGGAAGAACAGAAGAAAGUGUUCAGUAUUUAUUUGACUACCUUCAAAGCGAAGUACCACCCAGAGAAUUCUUUGCUCUCCUUCACAAGUCUGUGUAUUCAUCUUCUGUGGGGAAACCAUAUCGUGGAUAUAAAUUGCUUGUGAAAGAUCAGGAAGUUUCUGAAAUUAAGAAAUUGUCGGUAGAAGGUAGACCUAUUUGGUAUAUAUUUUCUGGUAUGGGCACUCAGUGGCCAUGUAUGGCCAAACAGCUUAUGGAUUUGGAAGUUUUUGCUAGCUCAAUCAAGAGAUCUGCUGAAGUAUUAAAACCUUAUAAUCUGAAUCUCAUUGAUUUAGUUACAAAUGGAGUAAAGAAUGAAUCUAACUCAAGAAGUAUCAUUCCAGCUUUUGUUUCCAUAGCUGCUGUUCAGGUUGCUCUUGUUGAUGUUCUCAAUGAAAUUGGCAUCACUCCUGAUGGCAUAAUUGGUCAUAGUGUGGGUGAAUUAGGCUGUGCCUAUGCUGAUGGUAGUUUCACUGCUGAACAAAUGGUACUAGCUGCUUACUGGAGAGGCAAAGCAGUAGAGGAUUCCAAUUUGGAAACUGGGGCUAUGGCAGCACUUGGUAUAACUUGGUCUCAAGCUAAUAAGUGCUGUCCAAAAGAUAUCUUUCCGUCUUGUCAUAAUGCUGAAGAUUCUGUUACUAUAUCUGGGCCCAAAGACAGUGUAAAAGUAUUUGUUGAUGCUUUGAAAGCUGAAAAUGUUUUUGCUCGAGAAGUUGAUAGUUGUGGCUAUGCUUUUCACAGCCAGUACAUAUUUCCUGCAGCUGGGAAACUACAAACAGCUCUUGAAAAGGUUAUUCCCAAUCCUAAGCCUAGAACAAGUCGUUGGGUUAGUUCUUCUUAUCCAAAACAAGAAUGGGAUGAACCAUCUGCUAAGUUGGCAGGUGCCUCCUACUUUGUUCAUAAUUUAGUCUCUCCAGUCUUGUUCCAUGAAGCACUACAUCACGUUCCUAAAGAUGCUAUUGUCAUUGAGAUUGCACCCCAUCAUCUGCUUCAGGCUAUACUUAAGAGAGUUAUUGGCCCUGAUGCUGAGUAUAUUGGCCUAAUGAAAAGAAAUGUGGAUAACACAGUUCAUCUUUUGUCAAGCCUUGGAAGACUUUACGCUGCUGGCCUGAAUCCAGAUAUUGAAAAAUUAUAUCCUCAAGUGCAAUUCCCAGUGCCAAAGAGUACACCAAUGAUAUCUCCCUUAAUCAAAUGGGAUCAUUCUGAGAGUUGGUGUGUAGCCAAAUGGGACAAAAAUACAAACCAGUCCCAGAUGAUCACUGAAGUGAAUGUUGGUUCAGAUGAAUCGCCUGAUAAAUACAUAUUGGGUCACUGCAUAGAUGGCAGAUGUCUUUAUCCAGCAACUGGCUAUCUGGUAUUAGUCUGGAAAGCUCUGGCAGAAAUCAAGGGAAAAGAUGUUACGUCACUUCCUGUUACAUUUGAAGAAGUGAAGAUUCAUAGAGCUACUGUAUUAUCCAAAGCAGCAUCAACUAAAUUCCUGGUUGAUAUAACAAAUGCUGGAGGUGAAUUUGAAAUCUCUGAAGGUGGCAUGACUGUUUGUACUGGACGAAUAUAUGCUCAAGAAGAAAGUGUGAAAACUGAUACAUCUGAAUUCUUGAAAAGUAAUGAUCUCAAAUCUUUGCCAUUGAAUCAGAAUGAUAUAUAUAAGGAACUGAAACUGAGAGGAUAUGAUUAUGGUCCAACCUUUCAAGGUUUAGCUGGAGCAGAUAUUGAAGGAAAUAAGGGCCUUCUGAAAUGGACUGGUGAAUGGGUCGUUUUCUUAGACACAAUGCUUCAAUUUACCAUACUUGGCUCGCCAAAACGAGCUUUGUGCUUACCAACUCGAAUACAGAGUAUGAAAAUAGAUCCAAUCCUCCAUAAGACUGUGAUGGAAAAUACACUUAAAGAAUAUAAUGGUGUGCCUGUCUUCCAUGAUAAAAACACUAAACGAAUAAUUUCUGGUGGAGUGGAGUUGAAAAACUUGAAAGCUAGUUUUGCUCCAAGAAACCAAGGCAAGCAGACACCUUUAUUGGAAGAAUAUCGCUUCAUUCCUUACAAUGAAACUAAGAUCCUUUCUAAAUCUGAUGAAGAAACACUAGAAAGAUAUAUUCAUGUCUGCUCAUCAGUGGCAAAGAUGAUUUUAGAAUUAUCUGGAAAAAACAAAGAUCAAAUAUCUGAUGUCAUGAAUGGAUUUAAAGAAGCUGACGAUGCAUUAAUUGCAAGCUACUUAAAAUCAUACACUGAUAAUCAUGUCCUUCUUAAGUCUCUAUGUGGCAUUAUGAAUACUGCAACUAGCAAAGACUUAACACGACAUGUCAAGAACUAUGUCAACAGUUAUCUAUCUGAAAGAGACCACGACAUAUUAUCCCAAACUAUGUUGCAAGAAAAUCCUUUGCGAACUGUGAUCGAUGUUGUUUUGGAAAAUGCUGCUUCCAGAAAGUUAAAGAUAGCAGAAAUCGCUGAUACAUCUCUGCCUCUAAGUUCUAAAAUCAGUGAAUUUGUCCAGACCCUUGGUGUGUUGAAUGUGAAUUACUUAAUUGCCCAUUCUAAGCCUGAUCUCUUGGACAAGAAUAAUUUACCUUCAGGGAACUUUGAAUUGUCAUCAUGGGAUCCCAAAUCUGCUUUGACUUUCAAAGAUAUUGAUCUCUGUGUGAUGAAAUUCUUGAAUCAUUCGAGUAAAGAGCACAGACAAAUACUCGAAAAUGUAAUGGCAACACUUAAAGACAAUGGUUUCAUACUUUUGCUACAGAGGACUCGUUUAGUUCCCGCUGAAAUGUUUUUAUCAGCUGUUGGGGAAACUGUUUUACCCAUUCAUACUGAAUCUGAUUUAGAGCAGACUUUCAAAGACUUAAAUCUUCAAGUGAUUUGCAAAAAAUCGGAUUCUUUAACAUCUACCAUGUACUUAUUGAGGAAAUCUACUGAUAUACCUUAUGAAGAUAUAAUUAUUCCUGUUAUAGAAGAUAAAUAUGAGAAAUGGGUAGAUGAACUGAGUGAACAAAUUACUAUAGCAUCAAUGUCAUCUGAUCCAAAAAGGAUAUGGCUUGUAAGUGAAUCUUCCAGUAAUUCUGGAAUUAUAGGUCUUGUGAAUUGUUUACGUCAGGAGCCUGGUGGAUCAAGUAUAAGGUGUGUAUUUACAAGUAAAGGGACUCCAAAGUUACCUGAAUUCAAUCUUAAAAACUUGUUCUAUCAAGAGAUUGUUCAGAAAAAUCUUACCAUGAAUGUCUUUAAGAAAGGUUCUUGGGGAUCUUUCAAGCAUUUAACUAUGUCUGAAGAUUAUGGAAAAGUUGAAACAAAGCAUGCUUACCUAAAUGUUUUGACUCGAGGUGACUUAUCCAGCUUGGUAUGGGUAGAUUCACCACUUAAAUAUUUCAAACAGCCAACUGAUAGUAUUCUUUGUCAAGUAUAUUAUGCUCCAUUGAAUUUUAGAGAUGUUAUGUUGGCGAGUGGAAAAUUACCACCUGAUGCUCUGCCAGGCGAUUUGGCUCUUCAAGAUUGCAUCCUUGGCUUAGAAUUCUCUGGUCGCUUGGAAAAUGGUCAGCGAGUUAUGGGCUUAGUACCUGCUAAAGGUUUAGCCACAACUGUUGCUGCUGAUCCUAAUUUUGUGUGGGAAGUUCCUGAUGAUUGGUCAUUGGAAGAAGCCUCCACUGUGCCUGUGGCAUAUUCAACUGCCUACUAUGCUCUGGUCAUGAGAGGCAAUUUAAGAAAGGGUGAAAGAGUACUCAUUCAUUCUGGAAGUGGUGGCGUUGGACAAGCAGCUAUAGCUAUUGCUCUUAGUUUAGGAUGUGAAGUUUUUACAACUGUUGGUUCAUCUGAUAAACGAGAAUUUUUGAAAAAACGCUUCAGUGAGCUGCAAGAUAGAAAUUUCUGUAAUUCUAGAGAUACUUCAUUUGAACAAUACAUCUUGAAUGCAACCAAUGGAGAAGGUGUCGAUGUGAUACUGAAUUCUCUUGCCGAAGAGAAAUUAAAAGCUACUUUGAAUUGUCUAGCACAGCAUGGCCGUUUCCUCGAAAUUGGAAAAUAUGAUUUGUCUAAUAACACACCAUUAGGAAUGGCUAUCUUUUUGAAGAACAUAUCAUUCCAUGGCAUACUCCUAGAUGCUUUAUUUGAAAAUAAAAGUUACAGUUCACGAGCGAAGAAAGAAGUUGUGCAACUAGUCAAAGAUGGUAUUGCAAAUGGUACUGUCAAACCUCUAAAUUCUAUUCUUUUUGACCGUGAUCAAGCAGAACAAGCUUUCAGAUUCAUGGCCAGUGGUAAACAUAUAGGAAAAGUGGUUCUUAAGAUAAAAGAUGAAGAACCUCAAAAGAAAAUUGUUCCAACACCUGUACAGUUUAAAGCAUUGUCUCGUACCACAUGUAAUCCUGAUAAAUCAUAUGUAAUCAUUGGAGGUCUUGGUGGCUUUGGACUUGAACUUUGUCAAUGGUUGGUCGAAAGAGGAGCUAGACAUAUAGUUUUAACUUCACGUUCAGGCCUCAAGACUGGCUAUCAAAAACUAUGUGUGAAUCGCUGGAAGCAAGAUAAUAUAAAUAUUAUUGUAUCAAAGCUGAAUGCAACAAAAAUGGAUGAGGCAAAAGCACUUUUAAAGAUGGCUGCCGAAGUCAAACCUGUUGCAGCCAUUUUCAAUCUUGCUCUGGUUCUUAGGGAUGCUUUUAUGGAGAAUCAGACUGUUGAAAACUUUAAAGAAGUUUGUGAGUCAAAAGUCACAUCCACUUUAAACCUUGAUGCAGCUUCAAGAGAAUUCUGUCCUGAACUUGAAUGGUUUGUGUGCUUCUCUUCUGUGAGCUGUGGCCGUGGUAAUGCUGGGCAGAGCAAUUAUGGCUAUGCUAACUCAGUUAUGGAAAGAAUAUGUGAAGAAAGGUCAAAAGAAGGAUUACCAGGUCUUGCUAUUCAGUGGGGUGCCAUUGGUGAUGUGGGAGUUAUACAGGAUACAGUUGGAUCAGAUGUUGUAAUUGGUGGUACUGUUCCACAGCGUAUCAAUUCUUGUCUAACAGUGUUGGAUAAAUUCCUCCAGCAAAAUCAACCUGUUGUGUCUAGUUUUGUUCCAUACCAACCAUCUGAAACUACUACCCAGAAAGCUUCAAAACAUAAUGUCUUAUCCACUAUUGGUAACAUUUUUGGUAUAAAGGAUAUGUCUGCCAUCAAUCCAGAAACAUCCCUGGGAGAAUUGGGCAUGGAUUCCUUGAUGGGUGUAGAAGUAAAACAGUUCUUGGAACGAGACUUUGAUCUAGUGUUAGCAAUUCCUGAAUUGAGACAAUUGAAGGUGAAAGACCUCAAGAAAUUAGAAGGAGCUGCUGAGGAAACAAAGACAACUUCAACUCCUGAAUCUAAAACCAAACCUACCUCAGAUUCCAUUUCUGAAUCAAAUGCAAAAAUAGCUGAGAAAAUUCCAGGACAUUUCAGCUCACUGCCCGGUAAACAGCUUGUUCCUGCUGAAACAAUAAUUCAAAUGAACUCUGUGAAAACUGGAAUACCAUUAUUUAUAGUUCAUCCUAUUGAGGGUACUGUGGCAAUGUUGAAUUCUUUAGCACAAAUGAUUAACUUCCCUGUAUAUGGAAUACAAUGCACUCCUGAAGCCCCUUCAGAAUCAAUUGAACAACUUGCUGCUUGGUAUUGGAAGCAUAUAAAGAAUUUGAAUGUCACCAAUACUCUCUGUCUGGCUGGAUACUCAUUUGGAGGAUCUGUCGCUUUUGAAAUGUGCCUCCAAGCUGAGCGUGAUCCUCAACAGCAUCCGAGAGUACGUAACCUCAUCAUGUUGGAUGGAUCUCCUGCUCUCGUGACUGCUUAUACUCGGGAACACAAAUCACAUUUCCAGGGUGAUUCUGUUGUAGAAGAAGAAGCACAAGCCUUAUGUUCAUAUGUUUUGCAGUUUAUGGACAUAAAUAUGAUGGAGCUUAAAAGUGAACUGAUGAGUUUACCUUCUCUUGAUGAUCGAGUUAAAAAAUCUGUUGAAAAAAUCUCAGCUACCUACAAUAACUUAAAACCAGAAGACCUGACAUUAGCAUUUGACCUUUACUACAAGAAGCUCCUGAUGUCACUGAAGUACAUGCCAAGACACAAACUUGAGAAAGAAGUUACACUUAUUAAAGCAUCAGAUAGUGUUGAUAUGACAAAAAAUUUCUCAGAAACUUAUGAUCUCGAAAAAGUGUGUAAUGGAAAAAUUACUGUGCACACUGUAAAAGGUACGCACAACACUUUUAUUCUAGAGAAAGGAGCAAAGGAAGUUUCUAACCUCUUAAGUGACAUUUUCUCUCAUUGAAUUUGAAUCCCAGUGACAUUUUAUCCAAAAGAGUUUUUUCCUGUGCAUUUUUCAUUUUUGAAUUUUUUUUCAUUAAAUAAAAUCAGGACUGUAUUAUAGUUUUUAUGUAUUUGUUAUGACAUUGUUAUAUAUAUAUAUAUUAUAUUUGUGUUGUUUUAAUAAUCAUUCCACGGAACAUCAAAGUUAAAAUUUAUUUAUGAUUUGUAUAAAUGCCGAUAAAUAUUGUAAAUUUUUUUUUCUUCUUUUGUGUACUCUAUGAUUUCUAUGAAUAAAAAUUUGUUAUUUUUAA